CCUGAAGUGAUUCAUUGAUGAGUCAACAGCUAUGAGCUAUAAAGCCACAGCACUGAUGGAGUCUAAGCAUGACACAGCUCGCUCACCUAAAGGUGGAUGUUCUUCUAUUCUCAAAGCACAAACUCUCUCACUCCCAAGGAAGGAAUUAUGGCUGUGUACCCUGCUCUUUUUUGCUCCUGUGUAGUGACGGUACUGACGCUCACCAAUGGCCGUGCUCUACCUACAGACAGCCUGAAAAGCUCUGUCAAACUUCAAGUCGAGAACAUCAUCUCCAGAAUCCAGAAACACAAAGAUGAGUUCCAAAUCCUUCAUAAAAUGAUCCUGGAUAGUCCCGAGCUCCUGCCCGAGCUGCAGUCUGAUAAACCCAUCGAGGGUCUGAGCUCCAUGGUGGAGAUGCUGAACAACUUCCAGCGAGUUCUUCACAGCCUGCCCAAGGGUCACAUGAGCCAACUGCACAGUGAUGUAAGCACACUGCAGCACUACCUGGAAGACAGGAUGAGCUCACUGCAGUGCACACACAGGAAAACAGGCACAGAGAAGAACCUGGAGGACUUCCUGAAAAACCACAGCAUGUACUACAUCACCCUGCGUCACGUGGCUCUGGACAGACUGCAGAAAUACAUACAGAGGCUCAACCACAAUCUAGAGCAACUGAGAACAUGCUGAACUCAAUGAUCCCUGUGUUGCUUCU